UUCUUGAAUUUAUGCCGUAAAAUGAUCAGAAGACAUGUUAACAUUUUGAAUCAAAAACACUCACAUUUUCUCAAUGAGUUUGAAGUGAUUCUGUGUAAAUGAAGUGGUUUAUUUUAUUUUAGCUGUAAAUUAUUUUAAUACAAGAUCCAGCCAUGGCUAAGUACUACUUCACCUUAUUGAUGGUGAGGGUUGUGCUGCCAGCAGGACUCCUUCUCAGUAUAGCACUACGUCCGUUCGGUCUCUCCUUAAUAUAUCUGCUAUUGUAUUUAUUAGCACCGUUACCCCAGGUUCCAGACUCUCAAACGUUUAGCGGAAUAAGGGGUAAAUACCUCCUCCUAAAUGUGGUGGUGUCAGUUAUACUGUUGUUGGCGCAUGCUGCAUGGCACAGUGCUUUGGCAGCCUUCGCGCCCUAUGGCUCUCUGCUUGAUGAGUACCCUAUCAUACAAAAGAUCGGGCACAAUUUGGGGUUGGUUUCUUAUGCUGGAGUAGAUCCUUUAAUGGCCGUCCAUUAUUUAGCACCUGAGCUAGUUAUGACAAGCGUAUCCUUGGUGGUAUACUUAGUGGUUAAAAAAUUGGUAACCGGGCCUACGCCUGAUAGCCUGAAGAAAGACUCUAAACAUCAGCGGUAUCCGCUUCUUACAAGCGCUG